AUGGCAAAAGAACUGGUGGAAAUAAUGCAAAAUUUUACACUCUCAAGUAAAGGAAGAGGAAGUACCUAUCUGGAUCUGGGAGAUGUGGAUGACGGUAUCAUGGAUUGUCAAGACAGUCUGAUAGGAAAAAUUAAAGGGGAAAAAAUAGCCAACUUUACUGGUGUAAAAAAAUUUGUAACAGUGGCAUGGAGUUAUCCCAAAGGACUGGAAGUCAUAGAAUUGUGGCCAAACUUGUUCCAGUUUACUAUACCUGAUGCCCAGGAUAAGGAGAGGAUAUGGUUAAGAGGUCCAAGGGUGACAGAUAACCAAAUUCUGGUUUUGAGAGAAUGGGAAAUAGGUAUUGAAGAAAAUGACUCAGCUUUUAACCUUGCUCCUUUAUGUGUUCAAUUUUGGAACCUCCCUUUACACUGGUUGACAAAGUCAGUAGAAAAGAAGAUUGGAGCUAUUUUUGAUGAGGUAAAAGAUGUCAUCAUCCAACAAACGGGAGGCAAAGAAGGUAAGCAUAUGAAAAUUCUGGUGCAGGCAGAUAUUAGUCAACCAUUGUUGAGAGGCACAACUGUACAAAUGAAUGGAGUGAAUAAAUGGCUAUCUUUUAGAUAUGAAAAAUGCUCGGACUUCUGCUACAGUUGUGGGAUUAUUGGGCAUAGUGAAAGGAAUUGUAAAGAGCCUGCGGUGGUGAAAAGUGGACAACAUCAAAAUCAAUAUGGACCUUGGUUGAGAGCUGUAAGCAGUAAAGGAUCCCCCCAAAAAGAGAAUAAUCCAAAAAUUUGA